CAUGAGGAGCUGCCGAAUGAACGUGUGAACCCGCCUCGCUGAUGUUUAUGGAUGAGCUGGCCGGUGUCAGUGUGGACAUGGCGGCGCUGCUCCCACACACGUUGAGUGUUCACCUCUCCGUGGAAAUCCGCCACCACAGGACGCCACUUUUUGGGUUUUGUCGCUGCUAACAGGAAACAUUCAUGGUGAUGGAGGGUGAAGAUGACAAUGCCACAGCCGCCGUGACUGACACCAAGAAAGGCGGCGCUGUCGAAGCUAGCCGAGCGAACCUCGACAGGCAGCCGGACACGGUGGCCCUCAGAGCGGGCACGAAUCGGACUGCGGGUCGCGGCAGCCGCAGUGCUCCCGGAGCUGCGACCGGGAUCCGGGUGCUAAAGCGCAACAUGAAGAGGAAUGGAAGUGGGACCUGCAUGACCAGAAAGAGCCGGUUUGGGUCACGAGAGCGGGACUGGCUCAAGGGUGACACUAAACGUGGAUGUGUGUGUCUGUAUGGUGGGACAGUGGAGCCCCAGCCCUCUUCCUCUGGUCCUCAGACCUCCUCCACCCCUCAAAUAGACCUACAGCUGGUACUCUGCUCGACCAGCACUACAGUGGAAGAGCUGUGUGCCCAGCGGGAGGGAAAAGCACUCUAUGUUCAGCUGCAUGGAGACCUUGUCAGGAGACUGGACCCUUCUGAGCGUCCACUCCAAAUGGUGUACGACUAUCUGGCAGCUAUGGGCUACACAGAUCCUGUACGUGUGCAGCAAGUGGCAGCCAAUUCAGACCUGAGCUGUUUGAUCCGUUUCUACAGUGAACGUCCAGUGAAUCCAGACCAGCAGGAGCGGACCGUACUUAAAGGCAUCUUCAGCGUCAGGAAGGGCAAGACGCAACUGCACAAGUGGGCGGAGCGGCAGGUCAUUCUGUGCGGCACCUGUCUAAUCGUGGCCUCUGUCAAAGACUGCCUGAGUGGGAAGAUGCACAUCCUGCCCCUAGUAGGGGGGAAGGUGGAGGAAGUGAAGAGAAGGCAGCACUGUCUCAUGUUCAGCUCGGCUGGAUCACAGGCCCAGACAUGCUUUGUCAUCUUUGACACGCUUGUGGAGUACCAGCGAUGGCUUCGGCAAGCUUCAAAAGUGGUGUCUCAGACAGUCAGCCUGGUGGACCUGUCCUGCUACAGCCUGGAAGUGGUUCCUGAAUAUUUGUUUAACUGCCAGGAUAUCACCCACCUCAAUCUUCGACACAACUUCAUGAGCCUACAGGGGCCUGGAGGCCUUCUCAACCUCCCCAGGUUUUCCCAGUUGAAGAGUCUGAACCUGUCUCAUAACAGAUUGGGUGUUUUCCCUGAAUGUGUGUGUGAGAUUCUCACCUUGACUGAGCUUAACCUCUCCUGUAAUAAUCUGCACACUGUCCCUGUGCAGAUCAGGAACCUUCAGAGUCUGCAGACAAUGUCUUUGGAUGGAAACCACCUCAGCUCCCUGCCCGAAGAGCUUGGCAGCCUGUCCCAGCUCAACAAUUUGGGACUCUCCUUCAACAACUUCUGUCAUAUCCCUGCUGUGCUGGAGAAACUCAGCGCAGUGGAUAGGCUGGCUAUGGCUGGGAACAGAGUGGAGAGUCUGGAACUGCACACUCUGGUCAGAAUGAGCCACCUGAAAAACAUUGACCUCCGGCUGAACGGGCUGUGCUGGGUGAAAAGUGAGGUUCUGGAGAUGGUGAACCAGAUAAUCCAGCUGGACUUGCGAGACAAUUGCUUGACAUCCCUUGACCUAAGCUCAGUCUGCAACUUGGAGACACUGCACUGCCAACAUAACCAGCUGAGGACGCUAACGCUUAGCGGAUUCACACUCCGUAUGCUUCAUGCUAGCUUCAAUCGCCUUUCGACAGUCAGCAUCUAUCCAGUCCCUCACCAGCUGACACACAUGGACCUAUCACAGAAUAUUUUGGAGUAUCUUCCUGACUGGGUGUGUGACUGCCGAAAACUUGAGAUUCUGGACGUCUCUCAUAAUAUCGUCUCUGAGCUUCCUUCGAGACUGCUCAACAGCCUGAGUUUGAGAAGGCUACUUGCAGGAAACAAUCGUUUGCAGAGAGUGCCAAACCUACUUGACCACAUCCCUCUGGAAGCCUUGGACCUCCAGCACAACAAGCUGACCGAGCUCUCAGAGACUCUCUUUUACAAAGCCUUAAACCUAAAAUAUUUAAAUGUUUCAGCCAAUGCCCUGCAAAGUAUUCCUCCCUGCAGCCAAUCAGAGGAGAGCCUGAGCAUGCUCCAGGAAAUCUACCUGACGGGGAACAAUCUGACUGAGGACUGUGGCACUCAGUUGGUUGGACACCACCACCUACGAAUCCUCCACAUCGCCUACAACCAGUUAACCUCCUUCCCUGCCAGUAAGCUGAGUAAACUGGAGCUGCUGGAGGAGUUAAAUCUAAGUGGCAACAAAUUAAAGACCAUUCCAUCCACUGUGUUCAGCUGUAAAAGACUACACACCCUCAUCGCACACUCCAACCACAUUUCUGUCUUCCCAGAGAUCCUCAACCUGCCUGAGAUCAAGCUUGUCGAUCUGAGCUGCAAUGAGCUGACUGAAAUCCAGCUCCCAGACUCCCUGCCAGCCUCUUUGCAAGAACUGGACUUGACUGGAAACACUAGUUUGAUGCUGGAACACAAAACCCUCAACCUCUUCAGUCACAUCACCACCCUGAAGUUGGACCAGAAGUCAACAAUGACAGGAGGAGAUCCCCUGAGCACCUCUGCUCCCUGGAACCACAGUUAUUCUGAAAUGAGUGGCCAAAGGAACAAGUUGUGUGUCUCUGUGCUGGCGGUAGACAGAUUUAGAGACAACGUGGACUCAUGUUAUGGCAUCUUUGAUGGAGACCGCAAUGAAGAAGUGCCUCGUCUGCUGCAGUGCACCAUGGGGGAUGUGCUGUGUGAGGAACUCCAGCACUCUUGCGUUGACAGUGUGUACAUGUGCAACACUUUCCUCACCUCACACAGGAAACUGGGUAUGGCUGGACAAAAGCUGGGUGCCUCUGCUUUACUGUGUUAUAUCCACCAUGAGCCUUCAGAACCAAGCGGUUCCUUCAGCCUCACUGUGGCUAACGUGGGUACCUGCCAGGCCGUGUUGUGUCGGGAUGGACAACCUGUCCCACUGUCCAAGGUUUACAGCUUGGAGAGCUGCACUGAAGAGAUGGAGCGAGUUAAGCUCAGUAAAGCCAUUAUUACUGAGGAUAAUAAGGUGAGUGGAGUCACAUGCUGUUCUCGCCUGCUGGGAUGCUCUUAUCUGGCUCCCUGGGUACUCCCCAAGCCAUGGGUGCAUACUGAGCCCCUCUGUUCCCAGGAUGAGUUCUUGAUCUUGGGAAACCGUGCGCUGUUUGAGCGAGUGUCCUACGAGGAGGCUGUUUGCACUGUGCAGGCUGUGCAGGAUCCACGUGCUGCUGCCAAGAAGCUGUGCUCUCUGGCUCAGAGCUAUGGCUGCAAAGACAACAUAGGAGCUGUGGUAGUGUCCUUGCAUAUUGGAGAAGAUAGUUGCACCUGUGAGGCACCGAUCUCCACGACCGUACCCCGGGGUCCCCCUCCAGUACUUUUGCCUGCAUCUGUCACCCCAGGUCCCAGUGAUUCAACAACCCUUUCGUCCAGCAGUGGCAUCAUCUCUGAGUUCAACAGUGAGACAUCCGCUUCAGAGGUGGGUAGUGAAGCAGGGUCCACUGCUUCAGAUGAGCACCCAUCCUCAGUCCCUGCACCCCGCCCGGAGAGACGCUGCAGCCUGCACCCUGCUACUGCACUAUGUGGAAUCAUGGUUCCUGGCUCAGCUCUAACAGGACCCCCCUCAGGCCUAUUUCAUCGACAGCCCUCCGGUGCUACCUUCACUAGUAACCAGUCUGAUAAUGGUUUGGACAGUGACGAUGAAGCUCCACUUGAGGGAGUCAUCUCUAAUGGCAGUAAGCUAGAGGUUGAAGUAGAUAUUCACUGCUGUGCCUUUCAGCUACGAUCUACGGUUCCCAAGAGCCCAAAAGACUUGGACCUUGAAAAGGAUGGUUCUGACUACCCAAAUGGAAAAAUGUGCAGACAGAACAGAGUUGUGGUGUCAACAACAAAUGGCUGCCUGUUAGCUGUUUGUGGGAGAGAGAUUGCAGACCUCAAGAAGUCACCCUCCACAUGUAGCUUGUUUGGAAAAAAGUUGUCAAAUGGUUCUGUUGUAGUCCCCGAGGACAGCCAUAACAUCAUUGAAGUGGCCUUGGAGGCUCCUAAGAAGAAGUCAGGCUACUUCACUGCACCAGCCCAGCAAGAUCCUGAGGACCAACUCAUUGUACCCCCAGACCUGGAGCAGGAAGUCCUUGAGCAACUAAGAAGCCAGAGACCUCUGGUCUCAGGCCCUUCUGCAUUGUCCACACCACCUACAAUAAAGGACCCUGUGUGGGAUCAGCUGCAUCCAACGGCCUUGACCACCAACCUUGUUCCAGUCUCGCACCCACCCUCCAUGUUACAAGAGGUCUAUGAUACUGCCCUCUAAAGGGCAGAUACAGCACAGCCCCAUAUGGCUGCUAUUGUGUCAUUGUGCCAUUCCAUGGAGGUAAAGAAAGGAGUUUUUUUUCACUUGAGAUAUUCCAGUUCAAGUUGCCAUUUAGAACUUUUACAAAGACAAGACGUGUGGGAGACUAUGUGAUGCACAGUUCCAAGAAGAGAAGAUUAUCAGCAUCCCAAUUCUCGAUUUCACAUUGUGAAAAGGAAAGAGUGGUUUGCUAUUAGACAAAACAAAUAAAUCCUGAGCUGAACUAGGAUACCUCAUUUGUUUGAACAUGUCAGCAACAUUUCCCUUUACUUGGAAAGAUGAGCAUUUGAGACUGUGUGUUAUAGGGUCCUGUUCAAUGAGGCCGGCGUCCUUUCCAAGGAGGUUCUUGGAGGUCAGGUCUUGGAGAGAAACCAUAUGACUGAAGCUUGAAAAAGUGCCUCCUGUAGACAACUCAGCCAAGAGCUUAUUGAUGUCCUAGCUGUGUUUGGAGUUGUUAGUUCAUUUUAAAGGUUGGACGUUGUCUUGAAGAGACCAGCCUCCUGUACCCGUGGCUUUUUCAAAUGAGGUCAAGCAGUCAAAUUCUAAUAAGGC